AUGGGACUAGGAAAUUUGAUGUAUUUUUGGGUUGUGGCAGCAAAUUUGCUUGUGUUUUGUGGGUCUUGGGCAAAUGGUAAAGACAGCAGUGUUUGGGCAGUAAGAGACCCGGACAUGAACAGGGAUGGGCUGAGAGUUGCCUUUGAAGCUUGGAAUUUCUGCAAUGAAGUGGGCGAAGAAGCCCCUGGAAUGGCUAGCCCAAGAGCUGCUGAUUGCUUUGAUCUUUCAGUGGAAAAUGGUGACAAAUAUUCUUUGUUUUUGGAACUUAAAAGCAUAUUUUAUUACAUGGGUUUGAAUAUAAAAGCACUGAACAAUCCAGACCUGUAUGCAGCGGAGAAGGAAAUAUAUUUGGGUUCAUUGUGUCAAGUUUCAGACACACCAAAACCAUGGCAAUUUUGGAUGUUCAUGUUGAAAAAUGGAAAUUAUGACACUAAAUCUGGUCUGUGUCCUGAAAAUGGGAAAAAACCCACAAGUUUAGACGGAAAUGGCAUAAUGAAAGGAGGUUUUAAUGGUACUUAUGAAUUGGAUUCAAAUUCUGAUGCUGGAAAUUCUUACUUUGAGGUUGUCUGGGAGAAAAAAGUUGGUUCUGGGAGUUAG